CUUUAAGCUCUGUGGGGAAACCCUGUACAUUUGGCUCCAAAGUCAAGCUGAUGGCUCUCCAGCCUGUAACUGGGCUGAAUGAUGUCACAGAAAAACAGGGUAAAGAUUUGUUUGAUGCCCUACAUGUCUCUCUAAUGAGCAGAUAUGAUGUAUUGUAAUUAUACUUUAAAUUUAUGUGAAUUGUAUUUCUUAUAAUAUACUGUACUUAUUGUUACUAAUAGCAGUAAACCCUUGUUGCCAGGCAAGAGGUUUAAGCUUGGAAACUAUAACCAGCGUCUCUGAAUAUUUGAAACCAAUUGUUAUCUCUUACUGCUGCCAUAGUUGAUGGCUUAUUCUUAAAAAUUACAGUCACCUUGACUUGUGAAAUUUUUUUUUUCAGGGAAGGCCACUCCAGCCUUGUGUGUGAACUAAAGGCCUCUUUGGGUUCUCAGAAGCCAGGGGCACUGGUUGUUUCUGUAGGGGGUGGUGGGCUCCUGGCUGGGCUAGCUGAAGGGCUGAAGAAGGUGGGCUGGUCUGAUAUUCCCAUAAUUGCAAUGGAGACUAAAGGGGCCCACUGUUUGAAUGCAGCUCUUGAAGCAGGAAAACCCAUCAGCCUUCCAGAUAUUACCAGUGUUGCCAAGUGUCUCGGUGCCAAGACAGUAUGUGACAGAGCCUUUGAGUGUACAAGGGAGCACAACGUUAUUUCCAUUACUGUUGAUGACAGAGAAGCCAUACGGGCUGUGGAAAUGUUUUUGGAUGAUGAGUUAAUUUUUGUGGAGCCUGCAUGUGGAGCUGCCCUUGCUGCUGUCUAUUCAGGACAUAUCCAACGCCUGCAGCAGGAGGGAAUCUUGAAGACACCCCUUGACCCCAUUGUGAUGGUAGUGUGUGGAGGCAGUUCGAUCAGCAUUUCUCAGCUAAAACACUUCAAAUCCCAGCUGAAUAUGAAUUGAAAACUCCAAUAAAAUCAAAUUAUUCCCUUUC